AUGGCGUCCGGAUAUAAUUCAGGUUUCUCCGGAACGUCGAUCCAGCACCGUGACCUGGGUGAUGGACGGUCGUAUGCCAGCCAGGAAGAUGCCUCCGCAAAUGGCAGCUGGGCCGAGACCGCGUCAAGACCUGGGAGGAAUGGUCGCUCACAGUCUGGAAACAGUGCAAGUAUCCGCCCUCGGGGAGGUUCUGGAGGCUCUCUAGCGCCUUCCCUCGGGGGUCCUGGUAGCUUCAGCUCAGAGCUUAAGAGCAUGACUACGUCGCGGAGUGUGACACCCCGACCCGAUGGUACCUACAGGCGACGAGGAAGCAGCAAUGUUGAGUUGGAUGAAUUGUCGAGCACCGAGGAGCGCCAGGCUGCGAUUCGCGACAAGAUCGCCAAAGAGAUGAAGAUCAAAACGGGAACCGAGAACAUGCUUGAGGCACUUCUGGCCAAGGACCCGAAACAUACCAAGGAUCAGCGGUUGAGGGUGGAAUCCGAACUGAGCUCGUCCAAUCGCAAGCUUGCGGAACUACACCAUGAGCUCGAGGAGGAAUUACUACGUGCGCAGGCGCCGUCAACUCCUCCGCGUAAUCGCUUUUCGAUGUCUCUUUUUCGGGGUAGUCCCAGGCGGUCGCCCUCCCGGAACAACGACCUCACACUUGACGAUGAUCGAUUGGAAGAAGCCGAGGCGGAGAUGGAGUCCCCUACUUACGUCCUCGCGGAAACAUUACAGGCGCUUGAGAUUGAAGGGAUGGCGCCAGAUUACUAUGUCGAACGCGCCAACAGUCUGGUCGAACUCUUUAGACGUCACCCAACCCUAAAAUACGACCUUGCAUGGUCCGUCUUCGGCUUGCGCGUUCAAGUCAUGCUCUUAAGUGACAGCAAAGAAGUCGUAGCGGCUGGCUACCGCUUGACUCGAUACGCCAUAGCUGACAGAAAGUCACUUCAAAUCAUCCGGUCCCUGCACACAGAUGAGCUGGUGAUACUAUCUCUAGUCAAGGAGAGCAAAGCUAGCAUUGAGCGCGAACAGGCAUUAAAGUUCGUCCGAGCUUUUCUGGAUGUGAAAGACGGCGUUCACGAAAUCUCGCGAGCUGUUGUGCGAACGAUCGUCUCCAUUGCUGAACAUCAGGAGGACCGUCUUCGAAACAUAUCUAUUAUGACUCUCGCUGAAAUCUUGGUCAAGGAUCCGGAGCUGAUUGCCUAUGCUGGAGGAUUUGCAACUUUGCACGAUGCUUUAGCAGAGGGGACUUUUGGCGCAUCGGAAAGUCUGAUUGCAAGCUUCCUGCAUGUUCUCGAUACACCACACAGCAGAAAACACCUGCAAGGAGGAUGCGAACUCGAGGCCGUACUCGCGCCAUUUACUGACUCCCUUUCGGACUCUAUUCAUAAUGGACGAUUGAAAUCGUCUGCCAAAGCCAUUUCCGCAAUGCUUAAAACAUGGCCUGGGUUGAUAAUCCUUGCAAGACAUGAAGCCAAACCCCUUCAAUCCCUCCUAGAAUCGCUUCACUACCCAGAUCCACAGGCAAGAGAUCUGAUUAUGGAACUACUCUUUGAUGCCCUCCGAAUCAAACCACCUUCAUGGUCAUCUUCCUUUCUCGCUGGCCGCCGACUCACCACGUAUGGCAGAGUUGCUAACCUCAGAUCCGAGUCCGACGCAAAACCAAUUCGCGCAUUUUACGACAGCAAUGAUGAUAGGUUUGAUUUGACGGCGCAUUUUUCGACAUUGAUUCUCGCGACGCUGAUUGAUGCCGGACUUUCACAGUCUCUUUCAGAUCUCAUCGAGGAAGAAACUGAUCAGUCACUCAGGCGGAAAGCUACACUGCUUCUGACAGAGGUGUUAAAGUUGGCACAUCAUUCCUUACCUCAACGUAUCAGCGCGAAACUCCAAGUUCUUCCACAUUUACUCCCACCAGCCGUCAAAUUUGAUGUUGAGAACCACGACGUGUGCAGCUCAACCAUAUAUCAAAUAGAGAGCAUAAACCGAACUUUAGCUCGCUCGGUAGGCUACUCCAAUGGAACAGGGCGUUAUAACGUCGAUGUGGACAUUUCUGCUUCACUUCUGUCUGGCGACCAAGGCAAAGAUCGACUGAGUCCCGCCAUGGAUGAGACGCAAUUCCGCAAUGCGAUAUUGGAGACAAACGUCCUGAAUACUGUCAACUACAUUAAAUGGAAAUGGGACCUGAUCCAUCGUAUUGUCGAAGGGCCCCUAACAAACCCGAAGAGACUAGACGAGGCCAUAAAGGGCUCAAAGUUUAUGAAACGACUCAUAGGAUUCUAUCGACCUUUCAAAUACAGAUUCUCUAUGGUUCCCAACACCAAGCCGAAUCAGCGCUAUAUUCGGACUGGAUGCGCGUUGAUGCGCACUCUAGUCCAAGUCCCAGAGGGAACGAAGUAUCUGGCGGAGAACAAAUUCUUAAGGCAGGUCGCUGAAUGUCUCGCACAAGUCGACCGCAUGAGCGGACUGACCUCCUCCUCGCCUCUUUUUUCGCGAGAGCAGAUGGCUACCACGUUGAGCGGAGGAUACUUUGCUAUGUUAGGCACGCUAAGCGGCGACCCCAAUGGCCUUGCUAUGAUGGAGCGAUGGCACAUGCUCAACAUGUUCUACCAUAUAAUUGAACUUCGGGAUCGGGACGAUCUGAUACAAACUCUUUUGGGUAACCUCGACUACAGUCAAGAAAGCCACUUGAGAGUUCUGCUGUCUAAAGCUCUCACUACUGGUUCUAAAGAUAUCCGCAUAUUCGCGACGAAGCUGCUGCGUAAGUACGCAGUCGGAAAUGUGCAUCUUUCCGCUCAAGGGGGACUGGGUAAAGCGGACUGGGUUGUUAAGCUGUUGGUAACCCAGCUGUACGAUCCUGAUGUUUCCGUAUGUCAGAUUGCCGUCAAGAUACUUGAGGAAGCGUGCAACCAUCGAGACUACCUUGAAUAUGUUGUCAAAUGCCGACCUUCGCUCGAUCACCUCGGUGAGAUCGGAGCACCUUUACUUUUACGAUUUUUGUCGACAUCAGUUGGCUAUCAUUACUUGGACGGCCUCGACUACAUCACGCAAGAAAUGGACGAUUGGUUCUUAGGGCGGAACGACGCCUACGUUGGUCUCGUGGAAGCUGCGCUUUCUAGAGCCUACGUUGACCAACCCCGCAGGGGGAGCUUUGCGCCUGAGGAUUUCGUGGAUUUGCAGGACGUUGGAGUUGUACCGCCCCAUUUCUACAGAGAACUUGCGAGGACGAAAGAGGGAUGUCGACUUCUGGAACAAUCGGGCCACUUCAGUGAAUUCGCUUGGACUAUUCGAGACUUUCGAUUGGACGAAGAAGAUACCGAGGCGCUUCUCAAAGUCAAGGGCUGCCUCUGGGCAGUCGGCAACGUUGGUUCCAUGGAAUUGGGAGCACCGUUUCUCGAAACGGACAUUGUCCAACAGAUUGUGAAGAUUGCCGAAAGCGCUGAAGUCUUGACGAUGAGGGGCACUGCUUUCUUUGUUCUUGGCUUAAUUUCUCGCAGUCGACAUGGCUUGAAAGUACUCCGGGAAGCUGGAUGGGACUCCGCAGUCGACCAGAAAGGGGACUCGAUCGGGCUGAGUUUGCCCACGGACUUCAAAAAGCUGUUCUUGGUCGAUUUCCCUUCUCAUUCUCGGCCGGUUGAAGCCAAACGCUUGUCUCAUGAGAAAUUCAAGGCGGCCACGACCGAUCCAGAUCCUACCAAUCAGAAGAUCUUGAAACUAAUAGUCGACAUGGGCAAUACUGUUCUAUCCAAAAGAGCAGCCACAGAUCUUCAUAACAUUAAAGCGAAGGAUCCAGAUCGAUUUCGCCAACCUCACCUGUUCUGCAAGACUCUCAGCAUCCUCGAGGGUCAUCACUACCGACUACCGGCACGACGCUUCGCCCUUGAUCUGUUUGACAAGAGUGUAAUGCGACGUAUCGUGCUGGAAGAAGACUCAGACACUGAUUCCGAGACGGCCUCAUCGCAAGAAUCCGAUUGA